AUGUCUGAAGCGUUUGCAAUAGAGAUUGGUCUGACCACUUUCAAUGGUGAUGGAGCGUCUUUAGGUAACCUGGGUCCCCCUGCUUGUAGUGGUAUUGUCAGAGACUUUGACGAUCAGUUCCUUGGAGCUUUUUCUUUGCUCUUGGGUGAUUCGAAUUCUCUCAUUGUCAAACUCUCAGUUGCUAUGUCAGUUAAUUGUGUAAAUAUCACUGCUAAUUUUUCUUUUGUGGCUUCACAUAUCUACCGAGAAGAGGAUAGCUGCGUUGAUUCUGUAUAUAACUUAGGCCUUACAGUGACUAACUACAUUAGUUUUGAUUCGAUUCCCCAAAUUUUAAGGGCAGAUUUUGUAAAGAAUAAGUUAAAUUUGCCAUUCUUUAGGUUAUGUUCUUCUUGA